AUGCAUCUCACUUCCUUGCUCUGGUCUUCGCGCUUGAGUCUCUCCGCUGUGCUGACCGGGCUGAUGUUAUUGUCGCUUGCUCGAUUUAGCUCUCUGCAAAGGAACCAUGCAGAUUUUACAGCAGACCCUCUAACGGCCCAGUCCGAUAGGUGA